AUGGCCAAAAAACAGUUGAAGGAAAGUAUGCUUUGGGCAAAUACGAUAGACUUGAACCAGGAAUGCUGAUUAUCGUCAAUAAAUGUCUUGUAUUUGAAAUCUUGGUAUAUUGUAUUGUUGCUUUUCAUUUUGUAUUCCUUUGGCUUAAGUUAUUUUUUGUAACUUGCUAAACGAUUGAGUAUUGAAGGAUAUCCAUCGGUAUGUGUCUUUUUCUGAUAUGUUGGAGUCUGAAAAUCUUCAAAGCAUCCUGCCUGGAGUUGAAAGCAUCGAUGAAGGUAAUACCAAAACAUAAAAACAGAAAUUGGUUUGAUACCAAACAGUCCAACGUUUUUGUAGAAACAGAAAAUUUACUUCAUGGAACAUCUUUGCAGUUAAUCUUAUUGACUCAGAUGGAACAUGUUAACUUGAUGAAGAAAUUAGUUAAAGAACCAACUUUGGUUGAGUUGCUCCUUUGAUGCAUUUUUUAUUCUUCUUGGAAUAGUGAUAAUUGACCAGUCCAUUUAAUUCAACCAUUAAAGCUAUGAUCAGCAAGAGUGGCCCUUUUUUCAACUCUUAACCAGUUUGCAAGGAUAAACAUUAGGGAAGUGAGAAACUGGGCAUAUAAUAUUUGCGAGAGAGAAAUAAAAAUGAAACAAACCUAAAAAGUAGUAAAUAGAGAUGGUUGAAGUUGUUGAAUUGAAACAGUGAAUUUCUUCAUAGGAAACAAUUAUGCUGCACAUAUUUUCAGGUUUGCAAAUAUUGAAAUCUUUGAACAGAGAAGACGAAGAAAUGGCUGACAGUGUUCUUGCUCUAUGCAUUUCAAGUGUGCCAUUUCAGCCAUACAUUUCUUUAGCUGCAAUAAUCUCAGGGCUGAGUUAUGAAGGUCUUCAAGGUCUUCUUGGCUUGGCACAUACCGCAGGAACGGUUGCUGAUGCUCUUCCCCCACCAAGAUCAGCUCUUUUAUCUUCGUUUGUGCUUCCAUAUAAACCCGAGGCAUAAAGUUAACUCACGGAGCUAAGGCAUUGGCAAAGCAUCAUCAUAGAUCUAGCAGCAAACAUUGGGGUACUUUUGAUGGAAAUGCACUCGCCCCUGACCGUGCCGGACACUUCAUCUUCUCGCCGCACUUGCCGGACGCUCGCCGCAUUCGCCCCUGCCCGAGACUCCCUUCCCGCCGCCUCCCUCUCUCUCCCGUUUUCCACAUUUCGUCUUGCCGUCUUCCUCCCUCCCUCUCUUGCAAGUAGUUUCCAAUCUGCUCGCCGGACCCCUCGACGCACCACUCGCCGCUGCCCUCCUCCAAAAACAAUGGGUCUACGGUUAUUUGAUGGAAGUGAUUCUGAUAAUGACAACUCAAAGAUAGAAAUUAAUCAGGAUUAUGCUAAAAGGUUUGAGCAUAACCAGAAGCGACAGGAUCUUCAGCGCUUAGAGGAGCUAAAGAAGAAGGGUCUAAUUGAAGACUCUGAAUCAGAAAGCUCUGAAUCUGAAUCAUCUUCUUCAGAGGAAGAAGAUAGCCAAAAUUUUAGGAAGGACUUGGAGUUCUUCGAUGCAUUAAUCAAGGUAAAGAAGAAGGAUCCGACACUCAAACAGAAAGAGGCCAAGCUUUUUGAUUCAGAUGAUGACAGCCAUGCCAAGGAAAGUGAUGACGUCAAAGGUAGUUUAACAGAAAAGAAGAAAAGUAGUAUGUAUUUGAAAGAUGUGGUAGCGAAGCAUUUGAUUGAAGAGGGUCCUGAAUUCAAUGAUGAGAAUACUAAAAAUGUGAAGGUUUACGAUAAGGAGCAAGAAGAAAUACGCAAGGCAUUCUUGGAGGCAGCUGAAGUGCAAAAUGAAAAUGAUGAGGAGGAAUUGUUAAAAGUGAAGGAGACAGGUUCAGUGGAAGAGGAAAAAAAUGAAGAAUUUGAGAAGAAGUUGGAUGAGUAUUUUGGAGAUGGGGACGACCAAUUGGAUGAAAAUUCUAAGUUCUUGAAACAAUAUUUUAAGAAUAAACUGUGGAUUGGUGAAGAUGCAACGGUUAAGGAAGAGGAGUUGAACAUGCUAUCGGAGGACGAGGAAGAGAUUGAAAAACAAGAGGAAUAUGAAUACCGGUUCCAAGAAAGUGCAGAAGAUACCAUUUGGGGGCAUAGUAGGACCAUUGAGGGGUCAGUUAGGAAAAAGAAGAAUUCGAGGAAAGAGCAGAGAAAGAACAAGGAAGAGAGGAUGGAGAUUGCAAGAUUAGAGAGAGAGGAGGAGUUGAAGCAUUUAAAAAAUUUGAAGAAGGAGGAGGUAAAACAGAAGCUUAGGAAGAUUAGAGAGACAGCAGGACUUGGGGAGGACGAGAAUUGCUUAUUGGAUAUUAAAGAUUUAGAUGAUGAUUUUGAUCCUGAAGAGUAUGACAGGAUGAUGAAAGUGGCUUUUAGUGAAAAUUAUUAUGAGAAAGAAGACAUUGAUCCUGGGUUUGGAAGUGAUAUGGAUGACGAAGGCAUUGGUGAGCAUGAGAAACCUGAUUUCGACAAAGAGGAUGAGUUGCUUGGAUUGCCAAAAGGGUGGACAUCCUCUGAGUCAGGUGAUGGCUUCUUUGCAGCUAGGGAAAGGAGUUUAAGCCAUAAAAUUGAUAAUGAUAUGAGCAAUGAAGAUAAUGAAGAAGAUGAAGAACAAGGCAAUGAGGAUGAAAAAGGCACAAGAAAGAGGAAGCGUAAAUUAUCUCUGUACCAAAAAGCUAAGGAAGCCAUGAUGGAGGAGUAUUAUAAAUUAGAUUACGAGGAUACAGUUGGAGACUUGAAGACGAGGUUUAAGUACGCCAAAAUACAACCUAAUCGUUAUGGAUUGAGUACUGCUGAAAUCCUAGCAAUGGAUGACAAGGAGUUGAAUCAGUUUGUUUCUAUGAAAAAGUUGGCCCCUUAUAAGGAAGAAUGGAAGAUGCCAAAUAGUACUAGACAGCGCCUGAAAAUGAGGUCUAGGGAGCUCCUUAGAGGCAAACAAUCUGGUGAACAGAAAGAUAUUGGGAAGAGAAGGGGGAAAAAUUGCUCCAACAUGCACAUUUUGGAUGACAAUGAGAAUGACAAAGUAAAUAAUGUUGACAAGGGCAAUUUAUCUCGGAAAGCCAGGAGAAAACAACGUCAAGCUGAGCUUAAAUUGUCUCACUUUAGGAAUCUGGCAUACGGCAAGACAACCUUGAAAUCUAAGAAAAAAUCAAAACACUGAUCAUCAGCCAGAUUCUGAUAAGAAUAGGCAUGCUAUGAAUACGAUUGUUCACUUGAUAGCUCAAUGUUGCUGGAUGAAUAUUCAUAUUGUUGCACCACAUGGGAUCGUUUUUGAGAUAAGGAUAGCAGAAGGGUAUGGUGCCAGGUGGUCAAAAGAUGGAAACAAGUUCAUUGGAUUUCUGGAGCCAUACAUGGAAGACGGGCAUUUAAAAGGAUGGAAGCACUAAUCUUUUUUUCUUAGGAUGAUUUUCUAGGUAGCGAACUUAUUGGCUUUCAAUUUCUUUUCAGAGCCCAUAAAUGACAUUUUGAUAUUUUUCACUGUUCUACUGCUGUUUUUGGUCCCUUUAGCUACAGGAAAAGGAGAUUCUUGUUAGGAAGCAGAUCAACUACUUGGUUAAAGUAGAAUCUUUAUGUCACAUGAUGAGAUUUGUAAGCACAGUCUAUAUGCAAUAAUUCAUGUCUGGGAACUAAUUAUUGUAUCAGCUCAACUAUAUGAACACGCUUUACAUUCUAAUAUGCAUUACAUUCUCACUCUUCAUUGCACA